AUGGCUAGCCCUGCUCUUCCCAACCUGUCUUCGGACCUCCUUUGGGAGAUAGUCCGCAACAACAACUGUUUUCUUUCCAAAAGCAGCCGAAAUGGCGGCGCUCAGUUCUCCCACGAUCCCCUGAAUCUUGUCAACAAGAACAGCCGAAAACAUGCCGGUUUUGUCAACGACAAGGCUGUCGGUAUCAUUCCAAAUGAGAAGGGCGGGGUAACCGUCAUUAGCAAGAAGACUUCCGAAUCUACCAAGCCCGCCAAGGCUUUCAUCAAGAUCACGCACGGGGGCAACAAGACCAGCCGCAAGACCUACAAGGCCGUUGCCAACCUCACUGCCAAGUCAGGCUACCGCAGCGACCUGCGUUCCGCCGCCGUAGAGCGCGUUUCUGCCAUCCGACGAUCCCAACGACCUGCCAAGGCCGAUCCUGAGCCCAAGCUCCGAGGAAACAAGGCAAAGAAAGCCGAGGAGUCUUCCUAA